GAAAUGAAACAGAUACAGCCACAACCUAAAAGCAAUGGAGCCAGUAGGAUUAAUCCCAAAGAAUGAAAAAUAAAAUAAUCCCUUGUGAGAAAUGGAAGCGCCCAAAAUGGCAGCAGUGAAUCAAAUUCCAUUUAAAAAUGUUCUCCAGAGCAGGCUGGAAGAUUGCAAAAUGACAAUGAAUAAACACCGAGCCGAUUCUGUCGUAGAACCGUCUUCGCCUGUAAGGAGCUGCUUGUCAAUGAAAAGUGACCAUUCAAUGAACUCUCCACUGAAGUUUCAGGCAGAAUCAUCAAGCACUCCUGGAGUAAAACCACCUUCACCUGUACCAAGCUGUCUGUCGAUGAAAAGUGAUAAUUCAAUGAACUCUCCACUGAAGUUUCAAAAUGAAACAUCACAAGUUCCCAUGGCGAUUCAACAGAAUAGAUUAGACACUUCAACAUCCAGCUGUGUGUCUGUUAAAAGUGACUGGUCUAUGGAACAACCAAUUUCUUUGAACAAAUCUACUGAGCACAGAGUAAAACCACCUUCACCCGUACCAAGCUGUCUGUCGAUGAAAAGUGAUAAUUCAAUGAACCCUCCACUGAAGUUUCAAAAUGAAACAUCACAAGUUCCCAUGGCGAUUCAACAGAAUAGAUUACACACUUCACCAUCCAGCUGUGUGUCUGUUAAAAGUGACUGGUCUAUGGAGCAACCAAUUUCUUUGAACAAAUCUACUGAGCACAGAGUAAAACCACCUUCACCUGUACCAAGCUGUCUGUCGAUGAAAAGUGAUAAUUCAAUGAACUCUCCACUGAAGUUUCAAAAUGAAACAUCACAAGUUCCCAUGGCGAUUCAACAGAAUAGAUUACACACUUCACCAUCCAGCUGUGUGUCUGUUAAAAGUGACUGGUCUAUGGAGCAACCAAUUUCUUUGAACAAAUCUACUGAGCAUAGGAAUAGUCCCAAGAGUCAACUAAACAUGCCAAUGACAAACGUAACUGGAAUUUCAGAAAACAUGAUUAAUGCUGCUUAUGACUCUCAAAAGUUCUCACCUGAAAAAGAAUCAUACAUACAACUAAAAUCCAGUCUAAAGAAUCGAUUUCAGCAGAUAUCUGAUGGACUACAAAGACGGGGAUAUUCAAAACUUCUCAAUGACGUCUACACAGAGCUUUACAUCACAGAGGGAGGAAGUGGAGAAGUGAAUAAUGAACAUGAAGUGAGGCAGAUUGAAGAAGCAUCAAGGAUUCACCAGAUAACAGAUGACAAGCCAAUUAAAUGCAACGACAUCUUCAAAGCCUUAAGAGGACAAGAUGGAGUCAGUAGGACUGUGCUGACAAAGGGAGUUGCCGGCAUUGGAAAAACAAUCUCUGUGCAGAAAUUCAUUUUGGACUGGGCUGAAGGCACAGCGAAUCAAGAUGUCCAUUUCAUAUUCCCACUUCCGUUCAGGGAGCUUAACCUGUUGAAGGACCAGCGGUUCAGUCUGGAGGAUCUGCUUCAUUACUUCUUUCCACAGCUAAAAAAAAUAAAGAUCGCGAAUGUCACGACAAAAAAAAUUGUGUUCAUUUUUGAUGGUCUGGAUGAACAUCGUUUACUCCUGGAUUUUCAAAACAGUACGGUUGUUAGUGAGGUAAAUAUCACUACCUCAGUUGAUGUUUUGCUGACAAACCUCAUCAAGGGGAAUCUUCUUCCUUCUGCACUCAUUUGGAUAACCUCCAGACCAGCAGCAGCUUGUCAAAUUCCUUAUGAAUGGAUAAGUCAAGUCACUGAGAUCCGAGGAUUUAAUGACCCUCAGAAGGAAGAGUACUUAAGAAAGAGCAUCAGUGACAUAAACCUGGCCAAUGAUGUCAUCAAACAACUGAAGUUGUCAAGGAGCCUCUAUAUCAUGUGCCACAUACCGGUGUUUUGUUGGAUUUCAGCAACUGUUUUGGAGAGGUUGUUAAAAGAAGCAGAGGGUAAAUCAAUUCCCAAGACUCUGACUCAAAUGUACACACAUUUUCUCAUAAUUCAGACUCGCAUUAGAAAGGAAAAGUAUAACGAGGAGCAAAGAGAUGACAAAGAGAUGAUUUUUAAAUUAGGAGAGCUUGCCUUCAAACAGUUGCUAAAAGGCAAUUUGAUCUUCUAUGAGGAAGACCUGAAAGAGUGUGGCAUCAACGUCAAUGAUGCAGUCGUGAACUCAGGAGUUUGUACCCGAAUCUUCAGAGAGGAGAUCGAUCUUCUCCAUAGUAAAGGAAGGGUGUUUUGCUUCGUACAUUUAAGUAUCCAGGAACAUCUUGCAGCAUUGUAUGUGCACAUAGACUUCAGCAGAGGGAACAAUUCUGUGCUUCACCAGUGGAAUCCGACAAAGUGCGCCAUAAAAUUUACAUGUAUGUCCCUCACUGAACUUCACAAGGCUGCUGUGGACAAAGCCUUGCAAUGUAAAAGUGGGGAGUUUGACCUAUUCCUCCGCUUCCUGCUUGGAAUCUCUCAGGAAAGCAACCAGGCUCUGCUGCAAGUGCUGUUAACACAGACAUCAGAAUCCAGUUCGCAAAGUGUUCAACAGACAAUCGAGUACAUCAAGAUCCGGCUCAGGAUGCGCCUUGAUCCAGAGAAGUAUAUCAACCUGUUUCACUGCCUUAAUGAACUCAAUGACUUUUCUCUCGAGGAGGAGAUACAAGAAUUUCAGAGAUCCAGACGCCUUGCCAAAACCAAGCUCUCACCUUCACAGUGGUCUGCUCUGGUGUUUGUGUUGCUGACCUCAGGAAACUCACUAGAUGUCUAUGAUCUGAGGAAAUACUGCAUGGACAAUUCAGACGAAUGCCUUCAAAGAAUGCUGCCUGUUGUGAAGUUGUCUAGAACAGCUGAAGUCAGAAACUGUAACCUUUUGGACAAAGGCUUUCGAGCUCUGACCACAGCCAUCAGCUCAAAGUCGUCAAACCUCAGAGAACUGAAACUCGGUAGUAAUGUUUUGCAUCAGUCUGGAAUAAGAAUUCUUUCUGAAGGUCUUCAAAGUCCACAUUGUAAACUGGAAAUUCUGGAAUUGUCUGAUUGUGCUAUUCAAGCAGAAGACUGCAUUCCCCUUUUCUCAGCCCUUAACUCAAACCCUUCACAGCUAAGAGUGCUUGACUUGAGCUUCAAUCCCCUGAGCGCACCAGGAACAUCAGGAAUAAGCCUCCUCUCUGAUGCUUUGAGGAAUCCACACUGUAGGCUGGAGACAUUAAAGCUUUAUAGCUGUCAGCUAAGCAGUCAAUGCUGCCCAUACCUGGCUGAGGCGCUGAAGAAUAACUCCAGCUUGAUUGAGUUGGAUUUGAGUAAAAAUGCUCUUAAUUCUCAUGGAGUACAACAUCUCUCUAAAGGCCUGGGGAAUCCGUCCUGUAAACUGAGCGUUCUAAAUUUAUCAGACUGUGGCAUCACCAUUAACGGCUGCCGCUUGCUGUUUAACGCUCUGGAUUCAAACCCCUCUCACCUGACUGAGCUGUGUCUGAACAGGAAUAAAUUUGGGGACAUUGGAGUACAGUACAUCUCAAAUUAUCUAAGCAAACCCUGCUGUAGGCUGGAAAAGCUAAGUUUGUCAUACUGUUGUGUCACUGAAAUUGGUUGCACUGCUUUGGUGUCGGCUCUCACACUGAACCCAUCACACCUCAAAGAGCUGCAACUAACUGGGAACAACCCAGGAAACACUGGACGGGAAAAACUUUCAGUUCUACAACAACAUAAAGACUACAAACUGGAAAAACUAAAGUUAUAGAAGGCUCCUGUACAGGACACAACUAAAUGCAUUCUUUAAAAAAAAUCUUGAAAAAGAAAUGGAAGUGUGGAAGGUGGAUGGGCUGCUCACACUGGGCAUAUUGAUCUACCAUGAGCUGUCUUUCAACUGAGGAAAUACUAGAUAUGUGUCUUGUGAGAUGUUUUUGUGACACCCCCCCCCCCCCCCACACACACACACACAAUAUGAUUACCAGUUAAAUUAUAUGUUUUACUGCAAGUAUAGGAAAAAAGAAGUGGCCUUAGAACAUAGCCUUGGGGAACACUAAACUUUAAUUUUGUAUGAAUAAAAAGAUUAUCCAUUAGCAGUUACAAGUGAUAAUGAUCAGCCUCCAGUUUUAAAAUUCACAAUAUUUUUAUCGUGAUAUCUCAGGUUACUCUUACUACAUCAUAGUUUCAUUCCAAGGAUGCUGUCUAGGUAGGUGUCAUAGUCAUGCAGUGUUUUUACUCCAAACAGGUGAAGCAUGAUGGUAUCAUCAUGUAUGGGAUAGAUUGAGAUUUAUCACUGACUCGUAUCUAUAGCUCUGCAUGGAUCUGUGUGAUGCCUUUGUUUAAGCAUUUUCUUUUAACAAAAUCUGGUUGUAUCCAUUUUAUAGGUGUUCAAGUCAUGGCAUAAUAUAUUUAUGCCAAUUUAUUAUUAAAGAUGUUUAAAUAAGACAUUUAUAAAUGAUAUCCCACUGCAUACUGUAAAGGUUUUUAUUUGGGGGUUGGUCCUUUUUAUCUGAUCACAAAAUGACUUUUCUGUAUGCACUGUAUGCACUUACCAUUAUUCCGUUAGUCAUAUGAACAGUAUGUGAAAUAAAUCACUUUAUUUGUACUAUG